AAGAAGUGAAUGAGGCCAUAUAAAGGCAACUCAACCUCCCUCAACAUGCUCAAAGCAAAUAUCCACCCAAUAAUUCUUGACUUGCUACUUGGGUUGUCAUCAAUUCUCUCUCUCUCUCUCUCUCUCUGUUACUGCAAAUUUAGUUCUUUUUCUGCCUUGCAAGACAUGUGUCCUCUCAGAUUCAUCUUGAUCUUUUUCUCCGCCGUGUUAGCCGCUUAUUUUGCCUGGACCACCGUGGUUUCCUCCCCGGAGAGUGACUUCACCGACCAAGACCACAACAAGGAAUACUCAUCCAACAAGGACCAUUUCAAUUUCACUAAGAUGAUUCAGAACGGAUUUUGGGUAUUCGUUGACAUGGCCAGCGGGAGGUAUCUAUGGAGAAAUUUGAUGUCCAAGAAUGAUGUCGAAGUAAAGAGCUCUUAG